ACAUAUCUAUUGCAAUAAUCAAUUAAAUUGGGAGAUGGGAUUACAUGGGAAAUUGAUUGCAGCAAUAGAAUUCAAAGCUGGUGGAGAUGUGUUCCACCAACUCUGGAGACACAACCCACAUCAGCUUCCCUCAGUUGCCCCUCAUAAAAUACAUAGUUGUGAUCUGCAUGGAGGGCAAUUUGGUCAUGUUGAUUCCAUCCUUUUCUGGAGGUACACUCAUGAUGGGAAAAGGAUGACAGUGAAAGAAGUGAUCCAAGCCAUCGAUGAAGAGAAAAGGCUAGUUCAAUCCAAGGUGGUGGAAGGAGACAUAAUGCAGCUGUACAAAGAUUUCUUCCUGACAUGCCACGUGGAGACAAAGGGCGCCGUCGAUCUGGUGACGUGGACGUUAGAGUACGAGAAGGUUAAGGAAGAUGUUGAGCAUCCCAUCUCACUGCUCUCCUUCUUCAUCGACCUCACCAAAGACAUCGAAACUCAUCACCUCGCCAAACAUUAAUCAGUUUAAUUAUAUACUUCUAAUAAUGUCUGCUUCAUCAUGAGCUCAUAAGCCCUCGUUGUUGCAAGACGUGUGUGUUACAAAAUGUGUGUGUGUGUGUGUUUGUUCCACACUGUGUUGUGUCUUAUUUUAAUUUAAGUUUCCUAGUAGUUAAUUAGAACUGUAUGCUAUAAAUAGUGUUCAUUCCAA